CAUGCAGCGCUUGAAAGCGCUGACUUCGCGUUUCACCGAGAACACUACCGGAAAAACUCCACUCUUUUCUGUUGGCACUACCUACUGGAAAGCGGAUUUCACGUCACUGGAAGCCGUUGCACGAGAGUGGGAAUACGAGCAAGGCGCACACGGCUGGGGAAACCAAGAACUACAGAGAUACACGGGCCCUGGAGAAAACACCGUAGUGACCCCUGAUCAUGAACUGCUCAUUAUCGCCCGAGCGCGCGCAUCGCGUUUACCCGAGCCUCCUCCCGGGACUUACACCAGUGCACGUUUGACCAGCCGGCAGACGUUCUCCCGGUCGCGCGGGUACGUACACGCGGUGCUUUCUGUUCCAUGCGCAUGGGGCGUUUGGCCUGCAUUUUGGGCCAUGCCCUUCAAUGUCAACUGGCCGGACGACGGUGAGGUUGACAUCAUGGAAACAUGGAAUGGAAAGGGGACCAAUGGAUCGUGUCUUCAUUGGGGACACUACAAUGGCGCAGAUUCCAAAAAGCAUCGCGUCAGGGAUACACCCAUUGCGGACAUGGACCGGCCGCACGAUUAUGGGUUCAGUUGGGACGAGGAAGGAAGAUGUGUGUGGUUCGUGGAUGGUAAGCCUGCUAUGCGAGCGCAAGCGCCCAAAUCCAUCCGGCAAUUCAGUGAUUUCCAGGUAAAACUCAACGUUGCCUUUGGGGGCAAUGUUACAGGCCAACGAACACCGCCAGAUGGGGAGUAUCACAUGACAGUUCAUACUGUAGAGAUGCAAGACGCACCUCCCGGGGGUUGGGAGGGGAUAGGAAAGAUAUGGAAAAGUGUGCCGGAAGGCCGCACUAUGUGA